UAGAAAUACAGUCAAGGAAUUGCGACUAUUGACGAGAAGUACUCAUCUUUUACGCGAGAGCCUGGUGUCCAUAAGGUCCGCCAAGAGAUUUUCGUUGUUCGUCUCUUAGGCUUCGUCUUCCGCAAAGUCCUUUAUCUCCGCAGGCAUUCAUCACUAUAGGUAUGCACACACACCUUCCUUCCUAAUAACAAGGUCAAGUUUGUAUUUCCUCAUACCAGCAACCCCAUAUUCCUUCGCUCAGUCACACACAUCAUGGGACCCUGGGUAGCAGUUGUAGAGGCAUGGCUAGUCAAAAGACUCCUCGAAAGCCAUACAUUCCAUCAAGGUGUGCGGAAAGUCCACAAGGGCGUCCAUCGCCUACGACACGGUCCUUUGGAGGAAGAUCUAGGUGGCACAAACCUUGAGAGUACGUCACUCGGUCGCAGACUUCGCAGACUACGCAACAGCAGCUGAUGCUCUGCAGAACAAGGUCCGGGAUUCGCAAAUCACUUCUGGGAGGAGAUCCAGGUGCAGACUGGACGCCGCAAGAGGAUAGAAG